AUGGGGGCGCCUCGCUCCAUGACGACGCUGUCCGUGAAAGGACGGGAGAAACAAUCGCAGUGCGGAAUGCGGGUCGCGUGGGCGCCCCUUGAUCCCGCGGAGACGAACCGCAGAGCAAAGAGUCCUCGCGGCUGCGUAACCUUCGCCGCUUGCGACGGCGAGAGCGCGAAAAAACAGCACGACGAACACGACUCGAAGGACGAGCAGACGCGCACGACGAUUCGUUCCCCUCUCGCGGGAAUACACAUCGUCGAGUUCUGGAAGCCCGGGGAGGAUUUCAACCUCCUCGGGUCGCUGCACCUGCUGUCUGGCGACCGCGGGCCAGUGGCGCGCGUCAUCUCCACCGCGCAAGAGGGUGAGGACGCGAUUUCUGCGGAUGCGUUCCAAAGCCUUCACAAGGAGAUGCGCGAGCAAAACAAGACCGCGGUCGUGGAAGACGAUCGCCUCGGGGAGAUUCACUUGUACGCCGUCAAUCCAGACGCGCCACCGCCGCCGACGCGGCGCGGAGGCGGCGAUGAAGAGAACGUCUGCUCGCGCGGAGGCCCGACUGACCGCGCGACCGACGCCCGUCCCGGGCACGGUGGCUUCCUCGCGUUCGUGACGAAAAAGCACGCGCCGUUCUAUCUUGGAAGGUUGUUGCGAUGUAAACAGCUCGUCGUCGUGUUCGACUUGGACGAGACGCUUCUUGCGUCGUUUACGAUUCGAUCGAUCGAAAAAAGGCUCGGGACGUUGCAACGCGUGAGAGACGCGGCGAUGAAAGCGGGCGACGAGACCCAGGCUGGAAUCGAUGCCGCGAACGCGGUGUACGUCGGCGAGCGAGAUGAUAACGAUGAAGCAGCAAACGUGCGGGUAAUGACGUUUACGAAUCGUAUGAAUCCUAGUCUGAACGCGACCGCCGUCGAAGCGCAGAGGGUGAUUAAAAACAAUGCGAAGGAGCUGAAAAAACGCCGCCAGGAAGACUUCGAUCGCGCGCUUCACGACCGCGAGAUGCUCAUGAUGUUCGCGAGCCAAGACGCGGUCGUGCUUGAUGGAAAGCGAUACCCCGCGAAUCACGAGACGAUCACGACGAGCGACGGAAAAGAGAUCACCCGACCAGUGAUUCGCGUGAAAUCUCCUCACUGCCGCGGCGGACACAUGUUCUUCACGAGGAUCGACCCGAUGAACGUCGAGACGUCGAUGAUCGUGCACGUCCGUCCGGGAUGGACAGACGGCGGCUUGCUCGAUUUCCUCGUCGGCGUGCGCGCCGGCGCCCUCGACGGCGUGGGCGUCGCCGAGCGUCCGCCGCCCGAAGAGGGAUGUCCCCCGCCGCGGACGCCGCGAUGCCACGCGUUCGUAUGCACGAAGGGUGAAAAGACGUACGCGGAGGAGAUGUGGCGGCUGCUCGACCCGUCGGGGGCGCUCAUACCCGCGAAAAAGACGUCACGGAGAAUUGUGAGCGUCCCCACGGACGAGACGAAGACGUUAUCGCGUGCCUUUGGAGGGACACCGAUGCCGAAGGAGCUGACGGUCGUACUCGACGAUCGCACGGGGGUUUGGGAGAACGACGCGCGAGGGAACAUCCUCGCGGUGUGUCCGUUCAUGCCGUACCACACGGACAUCGGACCUGGUUUACGUGGCGAAUUGGCCGGCGCAGGCGGUGUCCUCGGCGCCGCGCAGAGCAUGCUCGAGAAGCUGCGUGGGGACGCCUUCCUUUUGUUCGAUAAAUUUUCUGAGUUUCACGAGAAGAACCCGAAUUUGCCGUUCAGAAGACGAAAAAACGCGCACUUCGCGGAGGAUAACAAGCGCGCGCAGAAGAAGGAUGGCCACGAAAGAACGGAGAGGAGAGUGAAAGCAGGCUUGUCUGCGGGAGCGGCGAGAGGGGAGGCGAACGUCGACGCGGACGAAGACGGUGAAGUCGGGGAGGACGCGAGGACGAAGUCGAAGACGGAGACGGUUGCCAGAACGACGGUUCCCGGGACGACGAACGAACGCGAAUACGGCGACGAUGGCACCGACUCCGACGCAGACAACGGGAUCGCACGACCUGCACUCCCGACGACCCAAUCGCUUCUCGCGCCGCUGAUGAACGAACGCGCGACGGACGCGGCGGCGAUCGUGGCUAUACAAGGCGGCGCAACGCGUUCAGCCGCGGGCGCGGGCUCGAGAGUCGGCGCGUUGAUCUCGUCUCUGAUCCGAGCACCGAAGCCAGUGUUGGUGCCGGUACCUCCACCGCCGGCGGCGAUGCGACCAGGUGCGAACGCCGGUGACGCGGGCGGUGGCGGGAACGGGGCCCAUGUCAGCACCCAAGCGGCGAAGUUUAAGUGGGUAUCUGACUUGUCGACGUCCGUGCCGGCGGCGCCGAGCGCCCCACGCGAAGGUUCAGACGACGCGGAAGUUAUAAAACAGCCGUCUACG